CCGGCUUCUGCUCCUUCCACCUGCUAGCGCAGACUCCACUGCCCUCUCCUGCGACGUUGAUCGUCUGCAAGUUCUCCCUCGAGUUGAUUCUCAUCUAGGGCGACUAACAGGCUGAGCCUCAUCCGUUGGGUCUAUUCACCACUUGGACUGCUGUGCGGUUUACCCCUGGUACCAAUAAUCUCCUUGGACAACUUCAAACAUGACUUCUGUGGAGCAAACGACUUCGGUUACGGUCUUGGGCCACUCCCACUUGCGAUUCCACGAGUUUGUAGGACAGACACCAGCGGACAUCCUUCGCGACUUGGAAUGCCAGAAGGAAGGAGAGUCGGGAUGGGCAGGAACGAAGUUCAUGGCGUUGUUCUGCGUCAUGUCGGUCAUCGUGGCCUCCCUUUGCUUCAUCGCGUUUGCCGGAGUUCUGAUGGGUAUUUUGGGCCCGGCCCUCUCGGAAGUGCACACUGUCGCCAUUUCCCUCCAUUUCAUCUGCUACAUCAUCCUCGUCACCGUAGGCCUCCUUAGCGUGUAUGGAAUUGCAAAGGAAAAACGCAGCUUCCAAUCCUCCUAUUGUGCGGCUCUGGUUGGGCACAUCUUCUUCGCUAUCGGGUCUGGCGCAUUCUGCCUCGCGAUCCUCUUCAAUCCCCUUCCAGGCAAGCAGGGUCUGGACCAGCUGAACAGCUGUCUCGCCAUCAAGCAUACUAUCGCCACCCAUUUCUGCAAGAGGGAUAUGGUAGCGAAAGGAACUGCUUUGUCCCUAUUUUUAGGGAUGUGGUGCUUGGAAGCUCUCUCGUUUUACGCCGUCAAUCGCUUUGUCAUGGAUCUGGAUGUUCGCCAGAAGGAUAAAUCCAAAGAAAGAGCUGCUGGGGAUGAGUGGGAUGCUUAUUACUGUUGAUAGUCUAGCUGGAAAUAUACAGUAUCGAGUUCAA